AAAUAAUAACAAUCCGGAUUGUCCUGAUAACGACCAACCAAAUCCCCUUUCGGAAGGUAUAAAUAUUGAGUUCUUAUUUCAGCAGCAACACUUGUCAGUAGCACCUUCUGGUCAAGAUGAAAUUCCUCGUUCUAGCCGCUUUGUUCGCUUGUGCCUGCGCUCUUCCUCAGCGCAUGGUUUUGCCCCGCCUUCCGGCUUCGGUCAUUUCCAAGGGAAAAUUCCAGUUGAUCCCGUCCAACAAGAUCGUCGGUGGAACUGAAGUUGAGCCCAACUCGUUGCCCUUCCAGGUUUCCCUCCAGCGCAAAGGCCUCACUGGUCUCUACUCGCAAUCGUGCGGUGGAUCCAUCCUCGAUGAAAACACCAUCCUUGAUGCUGCCCACUGCGUUGACGGAGCUAAUAUCCCAAAUUUGCGCAUCGUCGCUGGUGAGCACAGCCUUUCCGUUGAGAGCGGCCUCGAACAGAACCGUCUGGUCACCCGUGUUGCAACUCACCCCAGAUACAACAGCGCCACCUACGAGGAUGACAUCUCCUUGAUUUUCUUGGACGCUCCGUUGGACCUCAGCGUUCCCUCUGCCAAGGCUAUUUCUCUGCCACCCCCUACUUCUGAAUUGGAUCCUCCCGCUGGAACCGUUGUCACCUGCUCCGGAUGGGGAACCACCAGCUCAGGCGGAAGCAUUUCUGACGUCCUUCGCAGUGUUGACAUCCCAGUUGUUUCCGAUGCUGAUUGCGAUUCUGCUUACGGAGGUACCGCCUCAUCCCCAUCCGUUUUUCCUUCCAUGAUGUGCGCUGGUGACACCGCCAACGGUGGCAUCGACUCUUGCCAAGGUGACUCUGGCGGUCCCCUCUUCACCGGCACUGGUGAAACAGCCGUCCAACACGGAAUCGUCUCCUGGGGUCAGGGCUGCGCUCUUGCCCGAUUCCCCGGUGUCUACACCCAGGUGUCGUACUUCCUUGACUGGAUCGCCGCUGCCAGGGGUUAAAGAAAAAAGCUCUGUCAUUUUUUAAGCUCUAACAAAAUCACGGGCUUUAAUAUCCAGUUCGUAUUGACGCAUUUUCUUGAAAAAAAAAAGUAUUUGAUUGAAAUUUUGGUUACCAAAACGAAAUAAAUCUGCAAAAGUUA